GUGAAUAGUGCGUUUAAGUGCUCGUCAGCCUCCUAGUUCAUAUUCAUAAGCAUAUUUGCGUAACGUGUAGUUCAGUAGCUAAUUUCAAACAUUAACUCCAUAAUUUCUUUAACUGUGGACUGUAUAAAUUUAACUAUGGCACCAGCAGCUAAGAAAAAACAUACGUUUUUAACGAUAGACCAGAAAAAAGAAGUUCUUAAGAAACUAAGUGAAGGACAGUCAAUUCGACAGCUAGCUGCGCAAUACAAUGUAGGUAAAUCUACAAUUUCGGACAUAAAAUCAAGUGGAUUAAAGAUUGAUAGUUACAUUGCUAGAACAUAAUGUGGCCUUGGAAAGCGU